AUGGAGUCUAGCUUCAGUUGUUAUCUGAUUGGUAUUGCAUGCCCUGAGUACAAUACUGAAGAUGACUCCGGUUAUGAGAUACAGACAACCAAGUUCUUUAUGAUUGCAGUACACCACCACCCCACUGGACUGCUUAAGACAGCUAAAAGUGUUGGAUUUCAAUAUCCUACUACAUUAAGAUUAUUCCACAUCGGUUAUGUUCUAGGCGUAAUAUAUGGAUUCUUGUUCUCACUCAUCUUAACAGCGAGAGAAAACUACUACUCAGAUGCUAGUCUAAUCAGUAGCAUCGUACUUGGAGUUAUCAUCUCUGAGACAGGAUUAUUUAUCAGCUUUUUCUGGGGAGUAUAUACUACGAGUUGGACUACUGGUUUAGAUCUUGAAGGUCUUUGUUUACCGGAUCCAAGUUCUCUUGUGCUUUUCAUGACCAUCAUGUUAAGUGCAUUAAGUAUAGUGGUAUCCAGCGUAUAUUUGAAAAACCAACAUUUGUAUACAAGCUGUACGAAUAUCAUGACAUUCACUUUGUUUGUUCCCUAUCUACCAUAUUAUCUAAUUGGUUUAAUUUUCUUACAAACGGCUUUUGGUUUGAUUGAAUUAUCGCACCCAGAUAACUCCAUACCAGUGAACCGGUUUGUAACUCCGCUUCAUAUCGUACCUGAAUGGUACUUUUUAGCAUAUUAUGCGGUGUUAAAAGUAAUCCCAUCCAAAACCGGUGGUUUGUUAGUAUUUAUGUCCUCUCUCAUUAACUUAGCUCUUUUAUCUGAAAUUCGAGCUUUGAAUACUCGAAUGUUGAUACGACAACAUUUUAUGACUCGAAAUGUAGUCAGUGGAUGGGUAAUUAUUUGGGUAUACAGUAUGAUCUUCUUGAUUAUUAUUGGUAGUGCUAUUCCACAAGCGACUUAUAUCUUAUAUGGUAGAUUAGCUACUAUCGUAUAUCUUACUACCGGAUUGGUUCUAUGCUUAUACUAA